GGUUUAAUAUAGAAACGGACAAAGACAGAAAAGAAAACGCUUAGAAAGUGAAAUGACGGGGAAAAGAUGGGUGGCGGCGGUGGUGAUGGCCGUCGUCCUCAUGCUGCUGCGGCCACAGAAUGGUGCGGCGAUUUGGUUUAGUUUACCGGCGACCGGAACAAAGUGCCUGUCAGAGCAAAUCUACAGCAGCGCAGUCGUUUUGGGAAAUUACUACGCUUUCUCCGAUCGAGAUGUCCUCCCCGCUCCGGCCAUCGCCGUCCAGGUGAAAUCGCCGGUUGGAAAGAUUGUUUAUGAGAAGGAGCACGUGAAAGGGAAUGUGACAGUGGGUCGGUUUAGCUUCACAACCACUGAGGCCGGAAUGCAUGUUGCCUGCUUUCGCCUCCUUACCCACCAUCAAUUCAACUCCACCGCCGCCGCCGCCGCUCUAACUGUUAGCCUCGACUGGAAAAUCGGAAUCUUUGCAAAAGAUUGGGAAUCACUUGCCAAAGCACACAAUAUACAGGGCCUCCAGCUUCAGUUCACAAAGCUGGAAGAAACAGCAAAGGCCAUCCGCCAAAAUACAAUUCAUCUUAUGAUCAAAGAUCUGAAAAUGCAAAGAGUUAGUAAGACGACAAAUAAGAGGGUGGCAUGCUUCAGCUUCAUAUCUGUGGGACUCUGCAUUCUAGUUUCAGCACUGCAAGUAUGGCACUUGAAGACAUUUUUCAGAAACAAGAAGCUUAUUUAGUUACCUACCUUUACUUUUCACAUCAUAUAUCAAUCAUUUAAUUAAUGUCUUUCUUCAAAUACACAUGCACCUAAACCAACACACACCUUCUCUACCUCUCUUACAUAUCUACCUACCGAGCUUCAAGUAUACAAUUCAUGCAAUUAUUUUAUAUUAAAAUGUAUGGGCACAUACACUUUUGUCUGUAUAAACAACUAACAUUAGGGUUAAAAGUUGUUUGUGUGGACGAACAAAAAUGUUACACACAGACAACUAAUGUUUGUG